UUCUCCCACUUGGUCCACACAUUUCCCAGCAGCAGCAUCUUCACCUAAAAGAACCCCAUUUGUGCAUAAAGUCGUUAGUUGUGAGAACGUCUCCCUUCCGAACAAGAGGAAAAUCACUCCAUUCUCUUCCUCCUUCUGAGUGAGACGGACAAAAAAAAAGAUUCAUCACGACGGUGUCCAUUUCCGCAAAUUCCUCACACUUUCACCUCCACCACGUUUUCCUUCUCAGCCGAGAAAAUAAUUUCAACUCUCCAUAUGCAAAACUAUUAAUGUGCAAAACAUUAGACGUGGUUGGAUUUUUUGAAAAGGCUGAAAGGCACUGAGUUGGUUUUAACUGUUCAAUUACUCCAAUAAAAACUAUCAUUCUAUUGUGACGCGUGGUAAUACAGAGCUAUUGCUGGACGACAUUCACAUACUUUCCCUCUGGCCGGGAUAAUCUUUAAGGACAACUGGAGAGACACUUCCCUUCAUUAAGGAGCAUCAAGAGUUCAUUGAGGACGACAUAAUUUAAUCCUGAGAGACACCCAGCAAAGAUUGAAGGAUAGAAGGUUAGGAGUGAAAGCAAGAGAACAGCGAACCCACCACGGCUGCUAAAUACCACCCGCGAUCUCACCCUUGGCUCCUUAACCACCACUGCGACUCUUUCUCUGUCAGUGUCACUUCCAAGAGAGGAGAGGAAAAAAAGUGGAAAAGUGAGUGAAAGGAGGGUUAAUUCAAUUGGUGCAACCUCUUCUUCCCCUCCAUCUCAAUCAGGACGAGAAAGAGAUCACUGCGUAUCAUGAGAUGGACAUUUUGGACGGAUUUUCCUCCUUCAGCAAGAAAAUAACAGCAAUCACUUGUUGACUUGAGAACGACAGUCAGAAUCCAUCCAUCCACGCACUAAGUCAACGUCAACUUCAAAUUCAGUCGACUCGUGGUGGAUAUAACUUAGUUUCUGUACAAUUACACUGCGAGAUGAUGAUAAUCCAUUUAAAUUAUGUCAAAUAAUACGAACAAGGGUGUGAGCAUCUUAACUCAAUUUGCAGCAUCUUUCACGAGGAAAUUACGACAAGGUUAGUCAAAGUGUCAACAUGCCCCAACUUGCUAACACUAGUAAAAGCCUGUUACAACAAGCAGUAGAUGAGUAGCAAUGAGACGGUCGACAGACACAAUUUGCUGAAGAAAGCUGAACUAAAAAUCCCGAAUUUCUGCAACUGGUCUACAUUUCGAGGGAGACAGUGAAGCCAAGGGAGACCAAACUACCGGACGUAGACAAGGACAAGACCUCGACAUCUCACCCGUACAAUCUCCUCUCUCCCCAUUCUUCCCACUACAGACGGAUGACAAAGGCCAUUUCAACAACAAAAAAUUGGAAAAAGUGUAGAGAACACCGAGAUUCUUAAAUUUCUGGCUGUUGGGAGUCGAAAAAGAGCGUACCACAAAUCUUACUACUCGUAUGACAUGAACAAGAAGAAGAUGGUCAUGAUGUGCUUGGUGGCACAAUUUAACUUAACAAGUUAAAUUGGAAGAAGCAGUGAAAAUGUCCAAUUUCCUCAUCUUCACUUUUCUGGGCCUCUUGGCCAUCGGACGCCAUCCAUCAGAUGGUGGUCAAGUUGCAUCAGAGUUUCAGCCAGAAUUUGCUGAGCCGUUGGAGAACUUAACCAUCGCAAUUGGACGAGAUGCCACUUUCCUGUGCAGCGUUCGAGGUCUUGGAGGAUAUCGGGUUGGGUGGGUUCGUGCGGAUACCAAAGCAAUCCAGGCCAUACAUAACCAUGUAAUAACCCAUAAUCCACGCGUCUCUGUUUCGCAUUCGGAUCACACCAUGUGGCACUUGCACAUAAAAGGUGUCAAGGAAGAAGAUCGCGGUUCAUAUAUGUGUCAAAUAAACACGGAUCCAAUGACUUAUCAAAUUGCCUUCUUGGAAGUGGUCAUCCCCCCAGACUUCAUUCCUGAGGAAACCAGUUCUGACCUGAUGGCACCUGAAGGAAGUACGGUCAAACUAAUCUGCAAUUCCCGUGGUCAUCCGCAACCCACGAUAACAUUUCGAAGGGAAGGGGGACAAAAUAUCACUCUCAAGAGUAACUCCGGAUCAAAAAGCCAGGUGUCCGUAUUUGAGGGCAAUGUGCUUAGACUGGUGAAGAUCUCCAGAGCUGAUAUGGGUCCCUAUUUGUGCAUAGCAUCAAACGGAGUACCACCGUCGAUCUCCAAGAGGAUAACGGUCUCAGUUCACUUUCAUCCGGUCAUACAAGUUCCUAAUCAGUUGAUUGGUUCACCAAUCAACACUGAUGUUCAACUGGAAUGCAACGUGGAGGCGUUUCCGAAGAGUAUUCAUUUCUGGACGAAGGACAAUGCAGGGGCGAUGAUAAUUUCUGGAGACCGAUACGAUGUACAAGACAUAGUCAAGUCAAUGUUCGAAGUGAAGAUGGUCCUCACCAUCAGAAAGUUUAGAAAAGUGGAUGCUGGUUUCUACAAAUGUACCGCAAAAAAUUCUCUCGGAGACGUGGAAUCAGUUGUGAAAGUGCUGGCCGUGAAUUCUGAAGCCGAAGCUUCGUCAAAGUCUAAGAACGAGCUGCCCCUGCUCUCGUAUGAUGACGACUACUACGACACCCCCGACGUUGCAAACCCAGUAGGAAGCUCCAACUCUCGAACAUCAGGUUCUGAUGGCAACAAGGAUGGGAAAAAUCAUCGACAAGACCAUCAAACAAGAAUUAGCAACAACUUCACACCGGGUGGCAACGGAGCUGGUGGUGCUGGCGGUGGUGGAAGUGGGGAUAACAACAACAAUAGACUUGCCUCGAACUCGAAUAACAAUAUCAAUAAUGGGCGACACAGUCGAAAGUCGUAUUCUAGCAGUAGUGGGAAUAGUAAUAAUAAUCUGGGCAGCGGUAAAAACCGGGAUCGGGAUACUAAUAAUCCUAAUGAUAAUGAUAAUACCCCCUUCCAGAAAACGGUUGUGGUCUCUUUAAGCCCCAACGGACUUCCGGGCAAGGGGACUACCAACCACAAAUACCAACAUGGGAUGCAUAAACUCUUCUUUGCAAUCUCCUUUUUGUGGCAUUUGCAUUUUCUUCUCCUGUAGUGCAUAAUUAGUACUUACGCAAGUUAAGAACACUUGGUUUAACAAACAGGGCAAAUAUAUUUGGGAAGAAUGACACUGAUCUCACACUUGGCAUGGGUAACAGAAUAGCGACAAACUGGACAGACCAUGGCGUACUUCAUAUGAUGCUAAACGCAUGUAAUUGUAUGUAUUCAUGUAUGUAUGAACUGCAUGGUAUACAUUUUCAGCUCCCAAGUUUAAAAAUUACUUCAAUUUAUGUCGGCACUUCGUAUAAUUAACAAAUCUGUACACUUGGAUUUACUUCAAAAUUGUAUGUAUACAUGCGAUGCACAGUGCGCAACCAAGAUAAAACAUUUGGGUUUAAACAAUAAAUGGGCAUAAUCUAAAUAUGAUGAUCCCAAUAAAUGGUUCGCAUUCUAUUUAUUCAUUCUGAGUUUUGAUUAAAUUAAAGCCAAGAUUUAUGGAUGGUUGUCGUGUACGAAAGGUUAGUGUGUAUCAAUAAGAAGUUUCAAGUGUAUGUAUGCAUACGUACAUACAUACGCCCAUAAAUAUAUGCUAUCAGUGUAUUACCUAAGGUACUAAUAUAUUACGAUAUUGAACAAAACAAAACAAAAGUAAGCUAUGGGUUCUAUUCAUGCAUUCAGAUAAUACAUUUACAUAGUACUGGACGAUCAUCCUUGCAGAUGUUGGAUUAAUAUUUAUAAAUGUGACGUUAAGAGUUUUCGUCCUAGUAUUGUGUGUAGUUAUUUUGUAACGUAUAUGUAAGUACAUCAGAUCAGCACAUAUUCAAUUAAUGUACGUCAUACAGUGUCGGCACACCGUCUUUACACCCUUCAAAAACUGUUCGCACACUCGUCGAGAUAAAAAUUUGAAAAUUUGAAGAAAUAUUGUGAUGGACACCGUUACUUCUUUUGAAGGUCAAAAAGGCCAAAGGGCAUGAUUUUUAAAAAAAACUUACUUUUCGACUUCCACAGUGAUCUUUUUUUCUUUGUGGCUUUAUUUUGGAUAGAAUUUUUUUAAAUGGGACACUUUGUGCCGACACUAUGUGUAUACGCAUGUAUAUAUGUUUAUCUUAAGUCAAGAUUCUUAACUGUCCGAAUGCUUGCGUGUAAUAAGGAUAGUUAACCAAAUAACUAAAAAGCUGUAAUCAUGAGAAAAAUCAGAAAUAAAAAUCAUUAUGAAUUUA